AUUUCAUUUGUAUUCCGUAAUCAAAACCAUCAGUGAUGUAUCCAGCCUUGUCCAGCCUCGUGAGGGGAUACAGAAUGUCAGCAUCUGCCGGGCCGCGGCUCUACGGCAUGACGACAAGACGAGAGCAUCAUCUCUGGGGAUGUAGAAAAGGUUCCACGGCAAGGCGACAUCCUGAUAGAUUUGUCAUCCCGGUUCUCAAGGUGAUACACAUAUGUUGCACACACUACAACCAAGACCGCACAUAUUAGCACGACCUCCCAUCUUCAAACCAACAUUCACCCCUCGCCAACCCUCCCGCAGUAUCAAGAUGGAAUCCUCCCUCCACCCACUGUCCGGCCUAUACAAGCCCAACCAACUCAAAGGACUCUACUAUGGCCCCGACGUCGUCAAAUCACACCUCCUCUCCGUCCUCCCAACCUCAGAAUCCAAAGCAUUCAUCAUAACAGGAAGUUCUCUCGCCAGCAAGACCCCUCUCAUCAAGGACCUCGAAUCGCUCUUGUCGAAACACCACGCCGGCACAUUCAGCAACAUCAAGGAACACGCGCCCGUAGCCCAGCUUGACGAAGCAACAGACCAAGUCAAAAAGGACUCGACAAUCGACACCAUCAUCUCCGUCGGCGGUGGCUCACCAAUCGACUCCGCCAAAGCAAUCUCCUACCGCGUCCACGAGACCUCAGACAAAUGGCUUCUACACAUCACCAUCCCAACCACACUCUCCGCCGCCGAAGCCACAGCCAUAGCAGGCUACACUAAAUCAGACGGCGUCAAGACAGGCGUGUCAGACCCUAACAUCUACCCAGCCUACAUUUUCUACGACCCCAAGUUCGGCCUCCACACACCACCACACCUAUUGCUAUCCACAGGUCUACGCGCUCUCGAUCACGCCGUGGAAUCCCAGUACCACCCAACGACAACGUGGGUGCCCUGCCGCCUGGUCGCGCUCAGCGCCAUCAGCGAACUAUUCAAACUACUCCCGAAGUACAAAUCUAACCCGAAGGACGAAGACACGAUUACAGGUCUCUUCCUCGCCGCGUACGCCAGUCUAGGAUUUCUGGGUCAGAACAUGAAAGGCGGAUUGGGCUUGUCGCAUACUCUGGGAUAUGCGUUGGGCUCACCGUACGGCAUCCCGCAUGGAAUCACCUCGUGCAUGACGUUGGGACAUGUGGUCAAGUUGAAGGCCAAGCAGGACAAUGCAAACGCUGAGGAAAUCGCAAAGAUCCUGCCUUAUAUUGGCGAGAAGAGGACCGGGGAUGAUCUCAAGGAUAGUGAGCUUGUAGGCGACAAGAUUCUGGGACUUGUGAAGGAUUUGGGACUGAAGACGACGUUGACCGAGAAGGGCGUGGGCAAGGACCAGGUCGAUAUCAUUUGCAAGAGAGCGACGGGCGGGUUGGUGCCGGCGAAAGACGAUGGGCCGGAUGAUGGGACGAAGAAGGCGCUGAAGGAGUUGGUAGAGGGAUUGUACUGAGCAAAAUCAUCAAAUGGCGACUGCGCGGGAAGCCUUCGGCCAGGUAGUUGUUACUGGCAGCAUCUGCCUUGAAAAGUAGUGGCUAGAUAU